AUGCUGAUCCUCGUGGAUCUCCUCCCCCCUCCUCCCCUUACCUCCUUUCUCCCACUGCUGCCUCCCACUCACCCACCUCACUCUCUCCCCAUUCCCGCGGUGAUGUCCAUGGAUCUGAGGCCGCCGUACGCCGUGGACUUCAGGAAUUGCUGGGCCGUUCCGGAGGUGACGGUGGAGCACCUGGAGCGGAAGACCUGGCACACCGCCGACUACUUCGGGCUCGGGGGCAUCGUCGACAUGAAGGUGCGCCAGGCGCUCGAGGCGGCCGUGGAGAAGAUGUUCCAGCAGCAGGUCUGCGGGGCGUACGAGUUCUCGGAGCACCUUCAGAAGAUGGUCGACGCGGCCCUGCAGACCAAGCUUGGCCUGGUCAGCCCCUCUCGGAGGGAGCUGGACGAUCCUUACGACUGGCACGAGUCGAGGAUUCUGCAGUGGAUGGCCACAUUCAACGAGCAUGCCCACACGAAUCGAUUCAGCAUCAAAGGAGCGCUGGAGCCUUUCCUUGAAGGUUUGAGUACUCCUGCUGGCCACUGCCUGCUCGGUUCCAAGUCUCAUGGCUGCAGCAUGGAGGUCCCGCAGGAAGUCACAGACCUGUUCAAUCGCACCUUUGACACCACCGAUGGCAACCAAUUCAAUUUGACCAUAGAGAACUUGGAGAUUAGGAUCAUCGAUUUCACGAUUCCAACUGUGAAGCUUCCACGGCUCGACGAGUCGGAUCAUCAGGUCGUCGGGUUCGACUUGGCCGUCGCCCCGUUGAGCUUUAAACUAUUUGGUGACAUCGUAGUGAAGUCUGAUGCAUACAAUGCUCUUUGUGAUAUCAGGAAACAUGCCAGUGUGGAUCUCGUGUUCAAUACUAUUGGAGCAAGCGGCGCCUUCCUCGUUCAGGCGGAUGCAGCCGAGUACAGGAAUCUGGCGCCUGAUCAGCAGGCUUCCCUGGCGUGUGCGGACAGUGUUAUCACUGAUUUCCGGCUGAAUGAUUUUAGACCACAUGUGGGCCUCGAAAGCAUUGGAUUGUACAUCAGCCCUGACGAGGACCAGCAGGCGACGGAGAAGCUCGUCAAGGGACUCCGGGAGAUCGCUGAUAAUCUCAUCGUGACGGGGAUACGCAACUCUGGCGACAAGAUCGACAAUUUCUUGUCAGCCAAGACGUUCGAGUUCAUCAGUGGGUACGUGAACUCGAAGGACGGAAUCGGCGGUCUCGCCAGGUCUUUGGGCCAGGACCUGGGCGAGUGCCCCCGCAAGCAGGGCUUCAUGCAGGCGGUGGGCUGGGCACUCGCCGCGGCCCUUGCGUUCGCUGCUGCUGCAGCGUUAUUCUCGUUCGAUCAGAGGGGCCCGAAACUUGUUGCUCAGGCUUCGGCUGCGCUGCUGCACCCCGAUAGCCUGGCGGCCAUGCCGCACACGCCCGCGCACUGGCGGCUCUGCGUGCCCGCCUUCGCCGUGGGGUGCAUCCUGCUGUAUAUUGAGUCGAACACGGGCGUCGCGGCGGUGAUGACCGUAUUCCUGACCAGUGAGAGCGCACGCGACGUGGAGGUUGCGAGGCUGACCGAGUUCGGCGUCGUCAAGUCCGUCUGGGACCUGUGGAGCGCGGGCAUGAGAGGCCUGGCGCUGCUUCUGUUCACGUUCUCGGUGGUCUUCCCCUACCUGAAGCUCACGUUAUGCCUCGUUUGCUGGCUUCUUCCGAUGCGCGAGGGCGCCCGCGGCAGGAUCCUGUCGGUCCUCAACGCGCUCGCCAAGUGGUCGCUCCUUGACGCGUUCGUGCUGAUGACGCUGAUGGGGCUCGGGGCGCUCAAGGGGCGCAUGCACGGAGGCAUCUCCGUCGCGGUGUACAUCGACCCUCGGCCGUCCUUCGUGUCGUUUCUGGUAGCCACCAUCUUCUCCUUCGCACUCGGCGAGGUGAUUCUCUAUUGUCACGAGGCAAACCAUGAACGUCACGAAGAAAGCGUGGACGGUUACUCGAAGAGCCGAGGCGGUCCUCUGCUUGCGCCAACUUGCACGCUGAUUAUCAGCCUGUUGCUGCUCAUCGUUGCCAGCGGACUGCCUGUCUGCACCUACGAGGUGCAGGGACUCAUAGGCUGGUUCCUGAAUUUCCUGGCCGACGACCCUGACGGGAACAAGUCCUCGUUCUCGCUCUUCAGCCUUGGCACCAAGCUGUGGAGCGUGACGUCUGACGUGCACCGUUGGGAGGCCGCGAUGAUGCAGCUCAUAUAUUUCCUUUCCGCAUUCGUGAUGAACGCGGCCUUCGUGCUCGGUGUAUGUGCGUGCUCAGUCACCAAAACAGGUGGCGUCGCCAUGAGAAUUCGAUCCUUCUUGUCGGUCAUUUUUGCAUGCGGUGCUGCCGACGUCUUCGCCUUCGGCACCAUCCUUACUGUAAUCGAGACGCGGGAGGGCUCCUUCGUGCCCACUCCAGGUUGGCUGAAGGAUCAGGUCCAGCAGCUGCUCCUCCUCCCCUUCCUCGACCUCCCUACGGACCCCUAAAGCCCUCCAGGAACCCCGAGACUCACGAAGCCACAGCACUCCCGAAGGCGCUCGUUCCUGAUCUUCCUCCGCUGCCUCCGCCUUCUUCUCCCCAGUCACGCGACGUCCUGAUUUUUUUCAGUACGGGGCCCCUGGAAGUCCCGACCCUUCCCCCGGGACCGGCUUCUCCUCCUGAGUCGAUUUUUGACGGUCCCGAGGCCCGGCGGGGGCCCCCAGAGGCCGAAAACGACCCAAAACCUCCCGUCCAGAUUUUUGUACGACGCGAUCAUCUCUGGGUUUCUUUCAGGUCGAGCAGACUAUCCGGCCGCGCAUCCAGAUGCCUGGAGCCUCCA